AUGAGUGCUUAUUCAAUGUUUUUGAAACGAUUGGCCAGUGAGCUCAAAGAUUUGACCGAAAAUCCUGAGGUUCAAUCGUACUUUCAAUAUGAAAAUUCUGGAAAUGAUGAGGAAUUAAAACAAUUCUGCAUAUUUGGAUAUUUAUUACCACGAACCGAACCAUAUAAAUAUGGUUCAUAUAAAGUACGUAUUAUAGUAUCUUCAGAAUUUCCCUUCAAGACACCGAGCGUGCAACUGCUAACAUAUAUUUAUCAUCCAGCAGUAAACGACGAUGUUUCAAAGCCAUAUUUUUGUACUGCAUGUGAUUGUAGUGAAUGGAUGCCGUCUUUUCGUAUAAGCCGAUUGAUAAAAUAUUUUGUGAAUGUCAUUGAUCAACCGGAAGCUAAUAAAACUUACUGUUUGAUGAAUGCAAAAGCUAAAGAAUUAUUUGAUCAAAACAGAGCUGAAUACAUAGAAAAAGCUCUAGCUAUGGUACAGAAAUAUUCGUGCCCACGACCCAAUCAAUCAACAAUUUCAUUGAAAUUCGCUGCUAAACAAAUGAUUCGUAAAGAACUUCAUUUUGAUUUAAAAAAGUUCAGUCAAUUACCUGAACAAGGUUUUCUUCGUAAUACAUUUCGUGUUAUAUCUCAUGAACGAAAUGCUGAAUAUGUAAUUGCAACAAUAGAAUAUUAUUCAUUAGUUCAAUUUUUAUCCAAAUUCAAAACAUUUGAUGAAACUGUGUGA